GCACUAAUCAGAUCACAGCGUAGGCGGGGCUCUGGUGUUAUUAAAAGGGAUACGAUUGCUCUUUUUCACCGAGAUAAAGGGUUCGAAGAGAAAGUGAAAGCACAUCAAACAGCAAAGCAAAACGAACCGAAGCGAAGGUCCAGGGGGAAGGGGAUUUCAGUGGGCAUCUGAGCCGAGUCUUCGCCUGCUGGAAGUGGGCAGCGAGAUCCGAGAACGCUGGUGAAAGACUGCCCGAUUCGGACUCGCACAACAUAUUUGUAACAUGGCCAAGCGACGACUUGAGUGAACGCUCGGGGUGCGUUAAGUUGAUGCUCUUCGGUCAAAGUAACAACGUCAGGAAGAAAACGGAGAAAAGGACGUACACGUGUUACAUCAGCGAGCGAAUGGCGCAGUCACGGAUUAUUUGAAAUGGAACGCAACUUAUUUUCAUCAUUCGGAAGAGUUUCUUACACAUUAUAAACGAACAAGCGAGAGGAGACCUACCGUUCGCCUCAGAUGAGAAUGUCAUUAGCGCAGAGGGUUCUGAUGAUUUGGCUUUUCACGCUGCUCUUCCUUAUCGUAUUGGUGCUAAAACUGGACGAUAAAGCUCCUUGGAACUGGUUCCUCAUCUUUAUCCCGAUCUGGAUUUUUGAUGCUAUCCUUUUAAUUAUGUUAGUCAUAAAGAUAGUAGGAAGAUGUAAAUCAGGCUAUGACAGAAAUGGUACUAACCUGAGGAAGGAGGUUUGGUACCUUUGUGCUAUGUUACUUAAAUUAGGCUUUCAGCUGGCGGUAUGUGCGAGAUUGGAGCAAUUUGCCCAAAUGAAGCUCAGUUUUAUUUUUAUACCGCUUUGGCUCUUAAUAAUUGGAGCAAUGGUGGAUUUAGGAUACAAUACCUAUUCCAUGAGGCAAGACUGAUUAAGUGCUCAGGUCAGUGCGUUAGUUUUCAUUGCCGGCCUAGUAACUGCUCCAACAAGCGGCGAUUAAUUGAAAUAGCUCGAACAGGAGCGAAACAAAAACACUCGAUGCUGAAAAAUCCGGAAUGAAACAGAAAAUUCUGGAAGAAAUUAGCAGGGCAGCCAGGAACUAUAAUUCCAAUGACAGGGUCGUCGACUUCGUUUCUUCUUCUAUGGCUAUGGUCUGGCCAGUAGAGUAUGCCCAACGUUUGCUCUUUGUAUUAUGGACAGGGAGAACAUCGUGCUUAACCCCUCCUCUCAGUACAUACAACUACACGAUUGCAACUGUCAUUCCUCAUAACGAUUCUCCUGCGCAUUCGGUGAAGUCAUCGUGGUUAUUUAUGUAAAUGUUAAUGUUUUUAUAUAAACAAGAUGGUAGCUAAUACAUGACAGAUUGCCACCACAUCGGCCAUUUGUUCGAAGGAAAAUAGUUGGUAUUUAAUGCAAAUUAAAUUCUUUCUGUAACACGUUACGAUAACAAACGGCGAAUAUGCAUAAGCAAGAACCACUGUUGCUGGAACUCGGCAGGUCAGGCAGCAAGUGUGAAGGGAAGUGGACAGACGUUUUUGGUCGGGUCCCUUCUUCAAGACUGAUUCAUAACGUUUGCAUUUUACUUGAAAGCUCUUCAAAGUGAACCCUGUGGAAAAAGUUCUGUCCCAAACGAGAGUGCUAUGGCACCCACUCGCACUGCUUCCUCCCCGAUUUGUAAUGUUUUCCAGAUCUUGGACGUUCUCAUCCACUCAUGGAUCCUGUCCAUUUCCCUCCACGAAUGCUGCCUGACUCGCCCCUCCCCCCACAAGCAAUCUCUGGUAGCUCCAGUGAAUUUAUACAAGCAGAAUAGUUGGGUUAACUACAGUAUAGGUUUCCUUUUUAUGGAAAGCUUUAAUGGAAAAUGGUUUAACUCAUGUUUAUAUGAUGAUUCUUCUAUCUGCAACAUUUUAACUUUGGUUGGGUCUGGCAGAAAGUCAAAUUUAACUAACGUUACAGCUGUGGAAAAUCUGAAAUUACAAAUACAGGAAAUGACCAGGCCAGGCAGCAACUGCAUGCAGGUGGUGUGACAGUUAAACUAUCCGGUUGAAGACUUUCGGUUGCAGGGGGGGAAAAGCGAGAAAUCAAACACAUUUUAAAUUGCAGAAACGGGGUGGUGACAGUGUCAAUUUUACUCGUGCCAAAUUUAGUUGUCCUAUUGUAUGUGUCAGCAUUUUCAGCAUUUCCACACUGACAUACUUUGCAAACUUCAGAAAGCAAGUGAUUUCACUAAGAGGGGAUCGACAUAUUUGCCAAAUAACUGCACACAUUUCUACCUUUAAGACCAAUUAUCCUACACUCUGCAUAUUUCGUGGAUGAAACAAGUAAAUGAUGUGCUAGAUGAGCAAAAAAUUGUCACUCAUUUAACAUGCACCAACUAUUGCAAGCAGAUGUAAUUCAUGAGAAAAGAUCCAGGUGUGCCGAUUAGUUGACACAUUGAGAUGAUAGUACCUUCAGUUAAAUUUUUAUCAUGCGUUAUUACUUACUGUUUUUUAAUAAUUCAGUUUGGCCUACACCAUGACUUUUAAUGGAGUUUCUUACGAUGAGUGCAUUUAUACUAAUUUACCAAUAUAGAUUUUUCAUCUCUGGCUUUUAGAGUACUCCAUUAUAAAAGCCAGAGAUCAAAUUAUCUUCAAUAACUCACAAGAUUGAAGCAGGAAUUCUCAAUACCAAAGAUACUAGAACAGGGUCGUGGCCAAUAACUUUCUUUACGUCCACUUUCCUACCCAUCCUAUCCAUGUAACAUUUGAUUCACUUACAGAUUAAUAAGCUAUUUCAUCCUGAGUAUAUUUAAAUCUCAAAGACUCAACUAUUUUAAAUAAGAAUUUUUUCUUCAUCUCAGAUUUAUAGGCUUUUAUUCUGAGACUCCACCAGAAAAGCUAGCACCUUCUAGUAUUUUACCUUCUUAAACACCUCAAGAAUCUUGCAUAUUUCUAGAAGACCUCGCAUUCAUUUAAGCUCCAAUAAGUACAGACCUAGUUUGUUCAACGGUUCCGCGUAACUGGAAUCUGCCAUGCAAUUUUUUUCUUAAAGGGCCCAAAACUGUACAAUGCUGUAAAUGUGGUCCAACUGGCUUGUCUUGUACAAUUGUGGCAAGUCCUCCAUACUUUUAUACUCCACCUCACUGAAAUAAAAAGCAAGCAUUCCAUUAGCCUUCCUGAUUGCUUGCUGAGGUGGGCUGAUUUUCAUGACAUAUCCCAUAUUUAUGUGCAACAUUUAAAUAAUGUUCCAUCAGUUUUGCACCCAAAAUGAAGUAGUUCCCACGUCCCUUAUUACUUUGCCAAUUUAUGUUUACCAUAUCCCUCUGUAACCUGUUUGUAUUAUUCAUAGUUUGCCCUUCUUCAUCACUCCCAUCCAAAGAUUAUAGAUGCGCCACUUUGCUCUAUGAUCUUUGCUCCCAUCCUUCUCCAGCACUCUCUAUGCCACCUGUAUGUUUUGUUACAGUAUAUCCACUUCCUUUCUAAAAUAUACAUCGUAAACAGCUGCAGCCCCAAUCAUCCUUGCACCAUUCAAAUGUUAACAAGUUACCAAUAUUAUGCUUAAAUAUCCUUUCAGCUAGCCUGCCCUCUGAACACAAAAACUUGAAUGUAGAUUAUGAUCAAUAAUGACUAUUUUCCCAUUGAUUUCAUUCCAAAGGGAAAGCAAGCAACUCCAUUACCAGUGAACAAAUAACUGAGCAGUGUGUAAUGCAGUUGUUAUAUUCUCACACCCCAGUAAAUGAUUUAUUUUACAUUAAUAACACAAAUAUUGAACAUUUCUCAAACAUUGUGGUUCUGUUGAAACGCUUAUUCUCAUCUCUCUCGCUCUCUCUCCCUCUCUUCAUCUAGUCUGACCUCACAUCUUGUGCUUUAUUUAACUCAAUCGUUUUUUAUUGUUCAAUUUGCAAGAGCAACUUGCUAAUUAACCAUAUAAAUCAAUUCCCAGUAAUUUUUGGCUUGAUCAGUUUCAAGAGGGGCAGAAAAUGCUGCAAGCAGACUUGGACGAGGAAAGAUUUGCCCGGAUUCCUGAUUAGUUCGUGUGCAAUACCUGAAAAUAGAUGGAAAGUCAUCAAAUCUAGCUGUAACACUAUAAUCAGAGUCAUCUGACGAGAUGUACAGAACACAAAGUGCUGGAGUAACUCAGCGAGUCACGCAGUACCUCUGGAGAACUGAAGAAGGUUCGCGACCUGAAAGUCACCUAUCCAUGACCUCCAGAGAUGCUGCCUGAUCCAUUGAGUAACUUUAGCAAUUUGCAAUCUCUGCAAGAUUCCAGCAUCUGCAGUUCCUUGUUUGCAUUCAUCUGAAGGGAUGCUGCCUUGAUCAUAUUAUGGGGUACUUGUGUGGCUGUAAUCCUACUGGAGUAACAUCUUGGGGAAAAGCAGAAGAAUGUAAAAUAUGCAAAGUUAAAUUAAUACCAAAUAAAAGAGACAGAUUAUUGAACAGCUCGGCUUCACAGAAUAAUUACAAAAAAGGAUUGACAAAAUAAUUGGAAAAUAUUAAUAAUGUUACAACCCAAGAUAAUUAUUUUGGUCUUUUCUCCUUUUAAGACAUCAAUUUCCACAAGUCUCUUUCACAAAGCCUAACUUUCAGUAUAAACAUUGACUAAGUAUAUAAUUUGAAGGUAUUAGAUUUGAGCCCAAUCCAAUCUCAGUUCACCAUGACACACAUUCUUUCAUCAUCACAAUCAGGGGCAAGAAUCCCAGCUAUAUUUUUGUGGCCUUCUUCCCAACCCAGAUGAUAUAACUGAUCUAACAUUUAGUGAUAAAGUUUGAGAUUCUGGUAGUCAAUGACUUUGGGAUAGAUUUCACAUAACAAUUCUUUUUCUUUUUCACAAAGCAUGAUAAAUCUCAAUGUGCAAAUUCACAGAAUAGUUUAAAUUGGUUUAUACAGUGGAAAUGCAUGUACAGAAAUACCAUUUAAUGAUGGCACAAACUGUUAAAGGGUAGGUGGAGAAUGCAAUGGGAAUGUAAAUCCACUCAUAUUACAUAAAGUAGCACUUAAUGAAACCACUGCCUGAUUUAAGCAUUUCCAGUCAUCGCUGUCUUUAAGAUUUAUGAGACCCAAAUUCAACAAUUUUCAACUCCUCCCUUCGCACCGCCACAAACUUCCAAAAAGCCUUCCAGGUGACUCAGCAAUUUAGUUGACUAUUUGUGCUUUUCAAUAAUGUAUUCACCUCUACUAUGGGGAGGCAAUGUACUAACUUUUCCAUCCAUUACUUGUAAACAUGUUCCUCAAUCUACCAUUUGCUUGCCAUUUAAUUUUCUGUUUCAUUCCAGUUAUUACACUAUUCCAAAGAAAAAUUAAUGUAAGCUCAAAAAAACAAACAUUAGCCAUGCACAUCACAGUAUUCUAGGGUCAACAAUUUUAGAUAAUGAUUCUGUGAUUUAUAAUUUCACCACCUCUAUUAUUUAAGCUAUCCUUUUCAAUCACGCUCCCCUGUCACCUCCCUCAUUUAAUUUGCCUAUUAAAUUUUGAGCUGGAGUCUCUUCAUUUCCCAUGAAAGAUCAUCAAUCCGCAAAAUUAAAUAUUCUCUUCUCAGAUGUAGUCUUUUAUGUUUUGUUUUUAUUUUGGAUUUCUUAUGAAAGUUUGUUUUUUACACUAAAUGAAAUGGAAUUGAUAAUC